AUGUCUACGCCUACCCCUGUCACUAUCCUCGGCAGCACUGGUCUCACCGGCUCCGAGACUCUUCACGCCCUCCUCACCUCCUCACACCCCUUCUCCAUCACCACCGCCACCCGCCACCCGCCGCCCCAUCCCUUCCCCCUUCCCCAAAUGCGAACCCCCAAACGCCCAAACAGUCCUCGACGAACGAAUCUAGCCUUCGCUCUUCGAUACUCCCGCCGAUACUGCCCGAAGAAAGCUCGUACAAGAGGGCGAAGUGAGAAGGUGGAUUGGGAGCUCAAUAGGGAUCUUGCUACUAGAGCCAAAGCCGACGGAGCCAGAACAGUGAGCGCUAUUACUUCAUCUUUAGCCAUCGCAAUCAAGUUUCACCUUCGACGUGAAAUUGACGAUCCCCAGGCUAUCCUCGUAUCCGGCUCUCACGCAUCUCCCGACUCGUCAGUCUUCUACCUCCGCAUCAAAGGUCAGCUCGAAGAGCACCUUACCACCCUCGGCUUUGACCAUGUCGUUAACCUCAAGCCGGGGAUGUUGCUUGGCCCCAGGGAGAGGGUGGAUUGGGCCGAGAUUGGAUUGCAGAAGCUUUUUGGGUGGGCGAGAUGGGCCGGGGUUGGCACGGACGCGUUGGCUGUUGAUGGGAAAGAGCAAGUGUGA